AUGGUUUUCGCGAGCUACAAUAGUGCCUCGUACUUGCUGCCGCUGGAUAAUGAUCAGAGCGUGUCGUUCUAUCGGAACGAGAACCGACUGUUCCCAACUGCCAUCGGCCCGUCCGCGGGUGGUGUUGCACCCCCACCCGGAAGAAACAACAGUACCACCUCCGCCAACGAUAUGAGCAUUACCGACAUGCUGACCGCGGCGUACCAUCACGAGAUGCAGCAGCAGCACCCGGUCGUCGGAGGCAGUGGUGGUGGCGCUAGCGGUGAAAACAUAACCGCGGGUGAUUGCCCUUUCGGCCGGGUUCAAUCACCAGCCGCGCAACAGCAGCAGCAGCAACAACAACAACACCAGUCCCACCAGCCACAACAGUUACCGGUGCAGCAGUACCAUCGUUUCGGAGGAACCAUUGCCAUGUGCGAUGAUUUCCAACCCGUCGGUUACUUUAACGGGUCAUCCAACGGUUACUAUGGAUUUGUCCCGUCACUAGCUCCAACAGGUGGUGACGGUGGUGGUGGAGCUGGCGGACAUACGAGCAAUAACAACGUUCUUCCGGGUGCUGCCGUCAACAACAAUUGCCACCCCCCAGCAACAGCGGCAAAUGUCAACGGUCACCUGUCGGCAAUCGAUUUCCAUGGCAACCAACACCAUAUCAGCUGUAAUGAUGCCGGUGAACAAAACAAUAAUAAUAACAAUAACAACGACGGGGAUGACACCGGGAUCUUCCAUGUGCAACAACCGUUCCCGGUGCAACGGGUCGCACAGAAGCGUAAAGAGUUUAAUCAGCCACUGCAGCACGAAGAUGAGGCAAUGGACACGAAUGUACAGCUGGCAGCGGCGGUGGGACAACAGUAUCCGAAACGGCGAAAAACCGACACGGACCAGAACGCCGGAAUGGGGGGUUUCCCGGUAACGACGAGUGGCCCAUUUCCUGGAAGCAAUAGUGGAGUGUCGUACCAGCAUCAGGUAGAAAUACACGAGCCGACCGUUGACGCGAUGGAAUGUCAGGAUCAGCCUGCCCAGCAACAUCCCGCCGUGACGCUGCAAUCUAACCCGAAUGGAUUCCACACCGUGGACAUUCAGCAUCCCGCCGGACAGCAGCCAACAAGCAAGAUUCAGAGGAGGGACAUACUGUUGAACAGCUUCAUCGGUGCUAGGGACGAUCGUGUCGCGAUGCCGUGUCCAGCCAGUGUUCCAGGGCUUCCGGUUUGUUUGGAUCGUACCGCACGGUACGAGCACGACAAGAAGGGUCGCCACGGGUGGGAUCUGGAUCUGUUCCACAGUUUGCACGGUACUGGUGGCGGUUACCGGUAG